GCCUCGAACAUAACGGAAGAAGAAGAAAACAAACGCAACACUUCACAGUCCAGCUGUUCUGUUUAUCUUCAUCAUCUUUUUCUUUCUUCCCCUUUUUCCAUUUUAAUUUUAAUUUCAAUCCUCUAAACUUUCAGCACUUCCCAUGGCUGCAAGUAGUUUUGGUGCAUCAAGUUUAAAACCAUGUAACUUAAGAUUAAAUCCUAGAAUUGAGUUAGCCAAUUUACAUCAGAAUGGACUAAGGCUAUCGAAUUCGCAACGUUUUGAUGGUUUGGCGAUAUCACACCGGUCAGGGAAGGCGUCAAACGGAUGUCUUUGUUUGCCUGUCAAGAAUGAUGUCCAAUCUGGUACAGACUUAGAAGAUUGCUCUGAGGUGGAAGUAUCUUCUGAAUCAACAAGCCAAUUCAAUCCAAGUGCUACAGAUGUGGAGUCUCUUCUAACGGAAAUUUGUGAUACAACUUCAAUUGCAGAGGUUGAUUUGAAACUUGGUGGCUUUCGGUUACAUGUACUGAGAGACUUAACAGGACCAAGCACAAGUUCUCCACCUCCUGUUUCCGCUCCAAUAGUUAGUGCAACGGUAGAGGCACCACCUGAACAGAAUGGGUCAGCAUCGUCACUAUCUCUAGCUAUCACUAAAGCUGAACCUAAUUCAGUUGGGAUUCAGACGAUUUUGGAUACAGCUGCUGAUGAAGGAUUGGCUAUAAUUCAGUCUCCCAGGGUUGGGUUCUUUAGACGAUCACGGACAAUUAAGGGAAAGCGAGCACCUCCACCAUGCAAAGAGAAGCAAAUUGUGAAGGAGGGUCAAGUUGUUUGUUACAUUGAGCAGCUUGGUGGAGAGCUUCCCAUUGAGUCUGAUGUAGCUGGUGAAGUUAUUAAAAUACUUCGUGAGGAUGGCGAACCUGUGGGAUAUGGUGAUGCUCUAAUUGCAGUUCUUCCCUCUUUUCCUGGGAUCAAGAAGCUUUAGUAGGUUGGCCCGACUACAAGCCCCCUUCACUUUUUUCCUGCGCAGAUGGGUUAUCACUAUCUAUUUUGAGAUUGGAUCAUUGAAAUUUGAAAUACUCAUACAUGCAUAUAAGAAAAUCCUUUUACAGCAAGAGAAUCGUUGAACCAUCUUUUUUCUUAGGAAGAUAUUUUAUAUUUGUGACUUGUAUGACUGAGCUCUCAUCUAAUAAAGAUGUAAAUUCAAACUUGUAUUGUUUUCAAAUCUUAUUUUAUUCAAAAUUUGUAAACUUGGACAUGUAGCUGAUCUGUUGGCUUUAUUUAAAAAGUUGUUUCAAACGUUUCCAAGCA